UGCAAAGUGAGAUAGCCGACCCUCGGUAGGUAGCCUUGCUCCUGUCUUCUUUUCAGUUUUAUCAUGACCAGGAGGGAGACAUUCACUUUUUGAGAUACACCAGUGUGCAAACACACGCACCAAACGGCGACGUGGUCCGCUUCAUGAGAAGACACGACGAGUCCCAUGCAGCGAGGACAGGCAGCCGACUUUUAGCCCUGAUUGGCGUGAGCUCGUAGCGGCUGUCAUGGCAGCGUCGGAGCUGUACACAAAGUGCGCUCGGGUGUGGAUCCCCGACGUCGAGGACGUGUGGAAGUCGGCCGAGCUGAGCAAAGACUACAAAAAUGGCGACGCCUCACUGCAGCUUAUGCUGGAAGAUGGAACGAAUCUUGAGCACAAGCUGGACCCCAAGACCAAGAACCUGCCCUACCUGCGAAACCCUGACAUCCUGGUGGGUGAGAAUGACCUCACGGCGCUCAGCUACCUCCACGAGCCGGCGGUGCUGCACAACCUCAAAGUCCGCUUCAUCGACUCCAAGCUCAUCUACACUUAUUGCGGGAUUGUUUUGGUGGCCAUCAACCCGUACGAGACGCUGCCCAUUUACGGGACGGACAUCAUCAAUGCGUACAGCGGUCAGAACAUGGGAGACAUGGACCCGCACAUCUUUGCUGUAGCAGAAGAAGCUUACAAGCAGAUGGCGAGGGAUGAGCGGAACCAGUCCAUCAUUGUGAGCGGCGAGUCUGGGGCCGGGAAGACCGUUUCAGCCAAAUACGCCAUGAGAUACUUUGCCACGGUCAGUGGCUCGGCCAGCGAGGCCAACGUGGAGGAGAAGGUGUUGGCUUCCAACCCCAUCAUGGAGGCUAUCGGGAACGCCAAGACAACUCGUAACGACAACAGCAGUCGCUUUGGGAAGUACAUCGAGAUCGGCUUCGACAACCGCUACCGGAUUAUCGGCGCCAACAUGAGGACAUAUCUGCUGGAAAAGUCCAGAGUGGUAUUCCAGGCGGACGAAGAGAGGAAUUAUCAUAUCUUUUAUCAACUCUGCGCGUCAUCGCAUUUGCCGGAGUUCAAAAACCUCAAACUAAGUAACGCCAACGACUUCCUGUACACCCGGCAGGGAUGCAGCCCCGUUAUUGAGGGGGUGGAUGACAGCAAGGAGCUCGGCACCACCCGCCACGCCUUCUCCUUGCUCGGUAUCAACGAAUCUUAUCAGAUGGGAUUAUUUCAAGUUCUGGCUGCUAUCCUUCAUCUGGGAAAUGUGGAGAUCAAAGACAAAGAUUCAGAUAGCAGCAUCAUUCCCACCAACAAUCAUCACUUGAGCAAGUUCUGCGAGCUGGUCGGCGUCACCUACGAGGACAUGGCUCAGUGGCUGUGCCACAGGAAGUUGAAGACGGCCUCCGAAACCUACAUCAAGACCCUCCCUCGCCUGCAGGCCACCAACGCCCGCGACGCCCUCUCCAAGCAUAUCUACGCCAAGCUCUUCAACUGGAUCGUGGAGCACGUCAACAAAGCGCUCAUCACCAAUAUCAAACAGCACUCCUUCAUCGGCGUCCUCGACAUUUACGGGUUUGAGACGUUUGAAAUCAACAGCUUCGAGCAGUUCUGUAUCAACUACGCCAAUGAGAAGCUCCAGCAGCAAUUCAACAUGCACGUAUUCAAGCUGGAGCAGGAGGAGUACAUGAAGGAGCAGAUCCCUUGGACUCUCAUUGACUUCUACGACAAUCAGCCCUGUAUCAACCUCAUCGAAGCCAAGAUGGGCGUCCUGGACCUGCUGGAUGAAGAGUGCCGGAUGCCAAAAGGCUCGGAUGAUUCAUGGGCUCAGAAGUUGUACAACACCCACUUGAAGACGUGCUCGCUCUUCGAGAAGCCGCGCAUGUCCAACCGCGCCUUCAUCAUCCAACAUUUUGCUGAUAAGGUUGAAUAUCAAUGCGAUGGUUUCCUGGAGAAGAACAAGGACACGGUGAAUGAAGAACAGAUCAAGGUGCUCAAGGCCAGCAAGUUCGACCUGCUGGUGGAGCUGUUCCAGGAUGAGGGCAAAGCCACCAGCCCUACGGGUCAGCCCACCGGGAUGGGAGGCAGGACCCGUCUCAGCGUCAAACCUGACAAGAGCCGCGACACCAGCAGCAAGGAGCACAAGAAGACCGUCGGCUGCCAGUUCCGUAACUCCCUUCAAAUGCUCAUGGAAACCUUGAACGCCACCACGCCACACUACGUCCGCUGUAUCAAACCCAACGACUUCAAGCAGGCCUUUUCGUUUGACCCGAAACGUGCAGUGCAGCAGCUAAGAGCUUGUGGCGUCCUGGAGACAAUUCGGAUCUCUGCUGCAGGUUUCCCAUCAAGAUGGACAUACCAGGAGUUCUUCAGCCGGUACAGAGUGCUGAUGAAGCAGAAAGAUGUUCUCUCUGACAAGAAGCUGACGUGCAGGAACGUUCUGGAGAAGCUCGUGGAGGAUCAGGAUAAAUACCAGUUUGGUAAGACCAAGAUCUUCUUCAGGGCCGGCCAGGUGGCCUACCUGGAGAAACUGCGCGCCGACAAGCUGCGCGCCGCCUGCAUCCGUAUCCAGAAAACCAUUCGCUGCUGGCUGGCGCGUAAGAAGUACUUGCGCAAGCGCGACGCGGCCAUCACCAUCCAGAGGUUCACCAGAGGUUACCAGGCUCGCUGCUUGGCAAAGUUCAUGCGUCGCACGCAGGCCGCCACCAUCAUCCAGAAGUACCAGAAGAUGUACGUGGCCAGGAAACGCUACAGGCAGAAGCAGGCGGCUGCGCUGGCCAUACAGACUAUCCUCAGAUCUUACAUGGCCCGUCAGAAGUACCAAGCGCUUCUGCGGGAGCACAAGGCGGUGAUCAUCCAGAAGCACGCCCGAGGCUGGCUGGCUCGCUGCUGGUACAAGCGCUGCCUCAGCUCCAUCGUGUACCUGCAGUGCUGCACUCGCAGGAUGAUAGCCAGGCGCGAGCUGAAGAAACUGAAGAUCGAAGCCCGCUCGGUGGAGCACUUCAAGAAGCUCAACAAGGGCAUGGAGAACAAGAUCAUGCAGCUCCAGAGGAAGAUCGACGAGCAGACCAAAGAGAACAAGUCUGUCAACGAGAAGCUGACGGGCUUGGAGAACACCUACACGACAGAAAGCGAGCGGCUGCGCGGGGAGCUGGGUCGCCUUCGAGGCGUGGAGGAGGAGGCCAAGAGCAAAGGCAACCAGGUCAAAUGUCUCCUGGAGGAGCUGGAGAAGCUCAAGAAGGAGCUGCGCACCACACAGCAGGAGAAGAAGACCAUCGAGGACUGGGCACAAUCCUACAAGGGCGAGAUGGAGAAAUUGGUGUCAGAACUGAAGGACCAGAACGGCUUGCUGAAGACAGAGAAAGACGACUUGAACAGGUUGAUUCAGGAACAGAAUCAGCAGAUGACAGAGAAAAUGGCUCGUGCGAUUGCAGCGGAGACUCAGCAGCUGGAGACAGAUCUGAACGAGGAGCGCUCUCGUUACCAGAAUCUCCUGACAGAACACCUUCGCCUCGAGGAGAAGUUCGACGACCUCAAAGAACACAUUUCCAAGCCUGGCCACAGGAGAACAGAUUCCACCCACAGCAGCAACGAGUCCGAAUACACCUUCAACUCAGAGUUCGCCGAAUCGGAAGACGCUUCCCAUGCCGCAGAAGAUUUGACUCGAGGAAUGGAUACCUCGCUCACGCUCAAGCUGCAGAAGCGACUCAAAGAGCUGGAGCAAGAAAAGCAGUCACUGCGCAAUGAGUUGGAAAAUAAGGAGGACCAGUUUCAGAGGGCCCGAGCCAGGGAUGAAUCUGAGUUCAAAAAGGCUCGUGGGGCAGAGUUGGAGUACGAGUCCCUCAAACGUCAAGAACUGGAGUCUGAGAACAAGAAGCUGAAGCACAACCUGGCCGACAUGAGGAAGAGCCUGCUGGGCAGCGCGGCAUCGAGCGCCGGCGCACCGGGCUCUCCGGCCUACAAGGUGCUCCUGGAUCAGCUGAACUCCUCCUGUGAGGAGCUGGAGGUACGCAAGGAGGAGGUGCUGAUCCUGCGCUCGCAGCUGGUCAGCCAAAAGGAAGCCAUGCACCACAAGGAGACCAUGACAGAAGUGGCCGUCCACGUGGAGGACGUUUCCAAACUGAAGGACGCUGAUGAGCUCAAACAAGCCUACAUCGGUCUCAAAGAUACAAACAGAUCUCCCAGGUUUGCGUGUAAGCGGCUAGAAGUCAGACAUCUGCUGAGUAGGCUCAGAUCGGCUGCUCCAGACUUCCAAAAGCUGAAUGAGGACGGGGAACUGUGGCUGGUUAAUCAGGGCUUAAAGGAGACCGUCAGGCUCCUGGAGCACCAGCUGCAGACCCAGCGGCGCAGCUACGACAGCGAGGUGGAAUCUCUGCGCGGCGAGCUGCAGAACGUCAAGGAGGAAAACAACCGGCAGCAGCAGCUCCUGGCACAGAACCUCCAGCUGCCUCCGGAGGCCCGCAUCGAAGCUAGUCUGCAGCAUGAGAUCACCCGGCUCACCAACGAGAACCUGGAGCUGGUGGCCGACGACCCCGCAGCAUCCCGAGAGGCGCGAGUCAUCAUUUUACGCCGGAUGGUUGAUCUCAUGGAGCAGCUGGAAAAACAAGACCGAACCAUUCGCAAGCUCAAGAAGCAGCUGAAGGUUUACUCCAAGAGGAUUGGAGAGAUGGGAGCCGGUCAAGCGGAGGGUCAGACGUCACCGGGGCAGAUGGUGGACGAGCCCAUCCGCCCGGUCAACAUUCCUCGCCGGGAGAAAGACUUCCAGGGUAUGCUGGAGUACAAGAAGGAGGACGAGAUGAAACUGGUCAAGAACUUGAUCCUCGAGCUAAAGCCUCGCGGCGUGGCCGUCAACCUGAUCCCGGGUCUGCCUGCCUACAUUCUGUUCAUGUGUGUAAGGCAUGCCGACUACCUCAACGAUGACCAGAAGGUCCGCACGCUGCUCACCUCCACCAUCAACAGCAUCAAGAAGAUCCUCAAGAAACGAGGAGAUGACUUUGAGACUGUCUCCUUCUGGCUAGCCAACACCUGCCGCUUCCUGCACUGUCUCAAGCAGUACAGUGGAGAUGAUGUGUUCAUGAAGCACAACACAUCCCGGCAGAACGAGCACUGUCUGUCCAACUUUGACCUGACCGAGUACAGAUCGGUGAUCAGUGACCUGGCCAUCCAGAUCUACCAGCAGCUCAUCAAAUGCAUGGAGAACACACUUCAGCCCAUGAUUGUGUCGGGCAUGCUGGAGCACGAGACCAUCCAGGGGGUGUCGGGCGUGAAGCCGACGGGCCUGCGCAAGCGGACGUCCAGCAUCGCCGACGAGGGCACCUACACGUUGGACUCCAUCCUGCGCCAGCUCAACGCCUUCCACUCCACCAUGUGCCAGCACGGCACCGACCCUGAGCUCAUCAAGCAGGUGGUCAAACAGCAGUUCUACGUCAUCGGCGCCGUCACCCUCAACAACCUGCUGCUGCGCAAGGAUAUGUGCUCGUGGAGCAAAGGCAUGCAGAUCAGGUACAACGUGAGCCAGCUGGAGGAGUGGCUGCGGGACAAAAACCUGAUGAAUUGUGGGGCCAAGGAGACUCUUGAGCCUCUCAUCCAGGCCGCCCAACUGCUCCAGGUCAAGAAGAAGACGGACGAGGACGCCGAAGCCAUCUGCUCCAUGUGCCUGGCCCUCACCACCUCACAGAUCGUGAAGGUUCUGAACCUCUACACUCCGGUCAACGAGUUUGAGGAGAGGGUGUCGGUUUCAUUCAUCCGAAAUAUACAGACUCGUUUGCGGGACCGCUGCGAGAGUCCACAGCUACUGAUGGACACCAAAAUGAUCUACCCCAUCACUUUCCCGUUCAACCCAUCUUCCCUCGCCCUGGAGAGUAUUCAAAUCCCCAGCUCACUCAACCUGUCCUUCCUUACCCGCGUCUGAGCUGGGGAGAGGAUAGUGGCCAUCUACUGUAUCUUUCUCUCUCUCUCACACAAACCGUGAGCGUCACAAAACACACCGUGCAUGCUCCACGUGCUGUUUUCUUCACAACUCUUUCGCAACAUUUCCCAAUCUUACCAUCGGACAAAAAUGCUACCAAAAACAGUGAAUCCGGCGAGUAAUUGACCCAAAAAUGGCUGGUAAUUGUACCACAAAUGGGCAAAGCACUCAUUUUACAGUAGUUGAAUACACCAAAGUAAUAUUUUCAUAUUAAACACGACAUGAAUUUGCAAACGUGUGGAUUCACUGCAUACUGAAAUAAUGGCAAAAACUCACUCACACAUUUACUUACACAGUGUCAUCAAGGGAAGAGCACGUCUUUUUUUUUGCCUGUCCGUAUACGUUGCUAGCAUUGAUAGUUGCGCAAACGUACGUUAUUAGUAGUAAAUCAGUUAUUUUAGAAGAAAUUAAAGCUCCACUCCACGAGAUAUUGAGUUUCUAAGCGCUAGUGCCACUUGUGGCUGAAAAAUGAAAUUGGACACUCCUGCCAACUGAGAAAUUGUGGGUAUCUAAUAAGUCUUGUAAGCAGAAUCCAUCCAUCCAUUAUCUGUAACGCUUGUCCCCACGGGGGUCGUGGGCGUGCUGGAGCCUAUCCCAGCAGUCAUCGGGCAGUAGGCGGGGGACACCCUGAACUAUUUGCCAGCCAAUCGCAGGGCACACUGAGACGAACAACCAUUCGCACUCACACCUAGGGACAAUUUGGAGUGCUCAAUUGGCCUACCAAGCAUGUUUCGCAGGCCCGGGGAGAACAUGCAAACUCCACACAAGGAGGGCCGGAGGUGGAAUCAAACCCGCACCCUCCUAACUGUGAAGCGGACGUGCUAACCAGUGCCCCAGCCGCCCUAAGUAGAAUCCAUUACAGUGAAAUAGUAGCUUCCAGUCGUGACUCAGACAUUUGAACCCGAUUCCUGUCCCCAAAAUAUUUUCUAGAGGCUAGCAGGAAAACCCACAACUAAAAAUGUUAGUCCACUAUUUGUUUUGUGAUUUGUGUUUGUCAUCAAUGCUCAAAUGAAAAGGAUAUUGUCAUGAUAUUUUAUGGAGAAAUUCCACAGCUUGAUUGAUUAACUUGCCCAGAAUCACUGUAAUUAAAUCCCUCCUACCCCUUUUUGGUCGCUCGGUUAGUUUUUUGAGGUCAGGCGUUUAAAUAACAAGCCUUUUCAUGCUCAGUCAAGCCAUGACGGCCGAUCACACGUCGUCUGCGCCAUGUUAUUUAUGCACAUAUAGAUGAAUAUAUAUAAAUAUGAUCAAUGCGUGUAUUUAUUGCAUUCUCUACCCGCUUUGCCACGAGGCGUUUUGAUUUGCUUUCUUUCACGCCGGGCUCAUCCUCCUCAUUGGACCAAGCGUAUGUAGCACAGGUUGUCGCUUAACAAGCGACGCUAUUGCUCUGCUUUUAUUUAUUGAGCUUUAUUUGUUCUUAUCAUUGAACAGCAUUGUGAGGUUGUUUCUCAGUGCCUCAAACAGCUUCAUGUCAUAUCUCUCUCUGCCUUUACCAUUUCGAAAUGUACAUUGUUUUUAUGACCAAAAAAAAACAGCAGAAGAUGUCGGAUGUUUAUUUUCUUGUGUGUUUGGCGGGACCUACCUGACAACAUAUGCUUACAACGGAUUUUAGACUGCACAGGCUGCAAAAAAAAAAAAAAGCAUCGUAGAGUGAUUUUUAUGAUUUAUGUUAUCUUAAAUCUGAAAGAGAUGUACUGGUACCAUUGCCCUGCUGCCCCGUGUCAUUUGCCAACAGUGUUAACCUCCGUCCACCUAAGCUUAUUUAGCCUCAAAACCUAAGAGAGUAUUUAUUUUUUGUUUAUUUUUGACUUGACUCUACUUGUAUCAUUCUAUUGUUUUGUUUUCUUAUUUGAAUGUACGUUUCCAACAAGUGAGACAGUACCCGUGACUAUUUUCAAUCAGCCAAUCAAGUUACAGCAAAUAACAGAGCUCCGCCCCUUAGGUAUUCUGAGAAUAUACGAUUGUGCUAAAAAAUUAUAUGGUUCAAUAUAUAUAUUUUUUUCUUGACAAUUCCUUCUGCUUGAUCUGGUCCAUUAGACUCGAUUGCAAGUAGUUUGUAAUGGGGGAAACGUAAUUUCAUUGGAUCUUCUCAGGCAUGUGAAGGCGUAAAUUUCAUUUCGCUUAUCCCGCUCACAGUCAAAACAAACAAACAAACAAUCCAUAUUAUUAAUGAUGUGCAAUUAAAUGUGAAUGUCGCAAUUUCCACAAGACAGUAGAAACCAGCAUGUCGUUAAAUAUUUUUUAAAAACACUUCUCUGGCUUUAAAAUGUCACCUUUUUUUUUUUUACUGUGAAAUAGAAAUGGCUAUUCUCGUGAUGUUUUAGUGGUAAUUUUGCCAGAACAGAGGAGGAGAAACUUGGUUACAUGUCUUUUUUUUUUUUUUGGCUUGUGGCCCUAACAAGUAUGAGUAUGUGUAUAAAGAAAUCAAACAUGCAGUUUGUAUAAGAGAGAGAAAAUUAUGUAGAGGAUGGAUUCAUCACCUGCUGAAUGUUUAAUGAAAAGUGUUCAUAUGAUUUUAGCAUCGCAUUAGUCGUGGACAAAGCCUUACACGCCUGACUUGGUCGGCGUGGUGCCAUUGUUUUUGUCAUCUGUGAAGUCUUAAGUUAGAGUGUACCAUCAAGAGCAAAUAUUUCUUUUCUUUGGCUUGUUUUUUUGUUUUGUUUUUGUUUGUUGUCCCGCACAGUCUAUUAGACUUUUUAAAACCCUACCCAGAGGAAGACUGUACAAAGAAGAACUCAUUUUCCGUCACUGAUGUCGCCCGCUGAUGCUCCACCGUCCAAUCAUCAUCUCUGACAAACUGGACUGUUUGUAGUUCCUGGUAGCUGUGCUUUAGUGGACGUGUUCACUGUUAACAACUUAAAUUGUCAAAUCUGUAAAAGUAUGACAAAAACAAAGAUGAAUAAAAGAAUCCAAGCACUGACA